AUGAAGAACUUCAAGGCACAGCUGAUCGACACAGCAGGAGUGAUAGCGCGCGUGAAAGAGCUCUUUGUGGGGCACAGGCAGCUCAUUCUCGGCUUCAACACCUUCCUGCCCAAGGGCUACGAAAUCACCCUCCCCCCCGAACCCACAACUCCAGUCCCCGCCCCCGCGCCCGCACCUCCGCCUCAGCCUCGGUCCGCGCCUCCUGCGGUGGCUCGGCCGCCCAUCACCCCAUCCGGACCUGCAGGGCCCAUGCCGGUUGCUCCUGCUGGUGGGAUUCCCCUUGGGCCUGGAGCAACCAGUGCAGCACCUCCCCAUGCAGCAUUGGCAGUGCCGCAUGGGGGUGCUGGGGGUGGGACUGUAGCAGCCACGCGCACCCCGCCCCUCCCUGUAGCGCCAGUGGGAGCAGGCACAGGCGCAGGAGCAGGAGCAGCAGCGGUUGCUCCUGGUGCAGGUCACGCUGGGGGAGGUGCACCUGCCGCCGCUGCUGUGGCUGUGCCUGGUAGUGGUGCUGCUGCUGUUGCUCCUAGUGCGGCCGGUGCUCCUGGCGGUGCUGGUGCUGGCGGUGCUGGUGCUGGCGCUGGUGCUGGUGCGGGUGCUCCUGCUGGUGCUGCUGCGGCUGGGCCUGCAGCAGCAGCGGGAGGAGCAGGAGGAGCAGCGGGGGCGGCAGUGGCGCCAGCUGCUCGGAGCAAGAUGGUGGAGUUUGACCAGGCUAUCAGCUAUGUCAAUAAGAUUAAGGCCCGCUUCGCGGACGACGAGUCGGUGUACAAGAGCUUUUUAGAGAUCCUCAACAUGUACCGCAAGGGCAACAACAACAUCGGAGACGUCUAUAAGGAGGUGGCAACCCCAUUCAAGGACCACUCGGACCUGCUGGAGGAGUUCACCUUCUUCCUGCCGGACUCUGCUGCUGCUCGUCAUGCAUCAAUUGACUUGAUCCAAUUCCUUGCGUCUUUCGUCCCUUCCCCAUGCGCACCCACUCCCUUCAGUGGCAUCUCUGGCUGCUUCUGCCGUUGUGUGGUGGCGGUGAUGGCUCACCGAGGAGUGGGAGGGGUGCAGCAGGCUGGGGAGGAGGGCUCUCACAGAAAGCAGCCUCUGCUGCUGGACCUGCAGAAACCCCCCCGAGAUGCAGAGAUGCAGGUGGAGGAGAAACGGGUUGGGCUGGUGCCGCCACAGCUGCACCCGCAGCCGAUGCAGGUGGAUGGGACUGGGAAGGAGGGGCAUGGGGAGUGGGGGCAGCAGCAGCAGGAGGAGCGGGAGGGAGGGGCGCAUCCUGUGGUGCAGCCGCCGCAGCAGGCGCAGCAGGGGCCGAAGCGGAAGGGGCGGAAGGGGGAGGAGGGAGGGAAGAAGAAGGAGCUUGCGGGAGCGGCAGGGGAGGGUGCAGGAGCGGACGAGAGGAAAGGGAGCAGGGCCCUGGGCAUGCACAGGGAGUUGGCGUUUUUCGAGAGGGUGAAGGCGAGGGUGCGCAGCAGGGAGGUGUAUCAGGAGUUCCUCAAGUGCCUCAACAUCUUCUCCCAGGAGAUCAUCGCCCGCGCUGAGCUGCAGAGCCUCGUGGGGGACAUCCUCGCCAAACACCCCGACCUUGUCGAGGGCUUUAAUGAGUUUCUGGCUCGAUGCGAAAAUCUAGCUGGGAAUGAAGGUGCUCAACGACGUGUGGUGUCUCCCCCAACCACCACUUCCUCUCCCUGUCGCCCCAUCCCUCCCCCUUGUCCCCCCCUUUUCCCCCCUCUGCUGCAGCAAAUGCGCCCCGUGUCGUGCCAUCGCAAGGAGCUGGGAAUGAAGGCGCUCAUUCACGUGUGGCAAAUGCGCCCCGUGUCGUGCCACCGCACGGAGUUGGGAAUGAAGCAAAUGCGCCUUGUGUCGCGCCAUCGCACGGAGCUGGGAAUGAAGGUGCUCAACGACGUGUGGGUGUCCUCCACCUCUCUCCUCCCCUCUUCCCCCUGCCUCCAACCCCCUUUCUUCCUCUUGCAGCAAAUGCGUCCCGUAUCGUGCCACCGCACGGAGCUGGGAAUGAAGGUGCUGAACGACGUGUGGGUGUCGGUGACGUCAGGCAGUGAGGACUACUCGUUCACGCACAUGCGCAAGAACCAGUACGAGGAGUCUCUCUUCCGCUGCGAGGACGACCGUUUCGAGCUGGACAUGCUGCUGGAGUCCACGGCAGUGACAGCACGGCGAGUGCAGGAGGUGAUCGACCGCAUGCACGGCAUGACUGACGCUGAGCGGAGUGGCUUCCGGGUGGAAGAGAGCCUCACAGCCAUCAACAUGCGGUGCAUCGAGCGCAUAUACGGCGACCACGGGCUGGACAUUCAAGAGCUGGUCAAGCGCACGCCAGCGGUGGCGCUGCCGGUGGUGCUGCAGCGGCUGAAGCAGAAGCAGGAGGAGUGGGUGCGGUGCCGGGUGGAGAUGAACCGCGUGUGGGCGGACGUGUAUGCCAAGAACUACGCCAAGUCGCUGGACCACCGCAGCUUCUACUUCAAGCAGCAGGACAAGAAGAGCCUCAGCAUGAAAGGUCUGCUGUCUGAAAUUCGGGAGCUGAACGAGCAGAAGCACAAGCAGGACGAGGUGGUGGCGGCACUAGCUGUCCCCACACGCCGCCCGCUCAUCCCGGAUGUCCGGAUGGCAUACAAUGACGCCGCCAUCCACGAGGAUCUCCACGAAAUCAUUAAAUUCUCAACAGAGGAAGUGUGCAACUCGCCAGAGCAGUCUGCUAGGGUUAUGAAGCUCUGGACGGGUUUUAUUGAGAUGUUUUUGAAUGUGCCCGCGGUCUGGUCGAAAGUUGUUGCUGAGGAGAAAGCUGCCCGGGACGCGGAGAUUGCUGCCCGAGAAGCUGCGAGGGCUGCCCGGGGGGGGCGUGAGGGGGAGUGGAAUGGAGAGGUUGGUGGGGGAGAGGGGGAGGGGGAGGGGAGGGAGAGGAGUAGAGAGAAGGGCAGAGGAGGGGAGGAGAGGAAGCGGGAGAGGCAAAGUGGGGAGGCAGAGGGGCAGAGGAAGAGAGGGAGGCAUGAGGGGGAGGGUGAUGGGGCGGGGGGUAUUAGUGAGGGGCAGAGAUCAGGGGGUAGGGAGGCGGGGUGGGAUGGGCUGGAAGAGGGCGAAUUCAAUCCUGGGGGAAAGGCGUCAGAGGGAGCAGGAGGGGGAGAGGAAGAAGAGCCUCAUGUGGUGAGGAAGAGCAGAAGCAGCUUGGUGCACGUGGGUGGAGGGGGCGGGGGCGGAAAUGGGGGAGGAGCAGGGGCGGGAGGGAUGGUGAAUGGGGCAGCGCUGGGGGGAGCAGCAGGGAAAGGCAAGGAUGCUAGUUCACGAGCUGCCGCUGCUGCUGCUGCUGCUGCUGCUGCUUCGGCUGCUGCUGCUGCAGCAGCAGCAAAGAGGAGGAAGAGGGGGAGGAGGGAGAGGGAGGAGGGGGAGGAUGAGAGUGUGAGGUCGGAGGGGUCUAGUGCGGGCGAGUCUGAUAGUGGGGGCGAUGAGAGGAGGAGGCAGAGGCGGAGGAGGAGAGAGAGUGAGGGGCGUGAGGAUGAGGAGGGGAGAGGGGAGGAGGAGGAAGACGAGGAGGAGGCAGAGGAUAGGGAAAGCGGGGGGGAGAUGGGGGAGGAGGGUGGGGCGGGAGACGAGGAGGAGGAGGAUGAAGAGGAGGAAGGGGCGAGGGGGUGGAUAUCGGGGCUGGGACCCAAGGAGAGGCGGUACAGAGGGGGGAAGAAGUGGGGGAAGCAUUGGUACAAGGCGUGUCGCCCUGUGGUGGCUCAUAGGGAUUCGUUUGAAGCAGCUCGUUUGGAGCUUCGUGGUAUACUAGCUGGUGGUAUACCACCCGCUGGUGUGCCUCUGCUGCUCCCUGCUGCUGCAGGAGAGGGUGUGGGGCGCAAAGGGGGGGAUAGUGGGAAUGGGAGGAGGGGAGAGAAUGGUGCUGGUGGGAUGGGAGAGGGCGGGAGGGUGAGGAAGGGGAAGGGGCGAGCAGAGGCAGGGGGAGACGAGGAGGGCAAGGAGGGGAGGGAGAGGGAGGAGAAGGAGGAGAGGGAGAAGGAGAGGGAGAGGGAACGAGAAAGAGAGUUGUCUGAGGAGCUGUGGGGAAGAGCGCAGGCAGAGGCAGGGGCGAGCAGAGUGAUGUAUGGCAACGACAGCAUGUACAUGCUCUUCCGAUUGCACCAUACGCUGUACGAGCGCAUUCUGAGUGCCAAGGUGAAUGCGCGUGCAUCAGAGGAGAAGUACCGUGCACUCAACCACUCCGACCCACCCGACCUCUACGCCAAGUUCCUGGAGGUGCUGUACAACCUGCUGGACGGGCAGAUCGACAACACCCGGUUUGAGGACGAGUGCCGUGCUGCCAUCGGCACCCAGUCCUACGUGCUGUUCACCAUUGAUAAGCUCAUCUACCGCCUCGUCAAGCAGCUACAAGCGUGUGCGGGGGACGAGGUGGGGGCGAAGCUGCAGCAGCUGCACGACUACGAGGUGGCCAAGGGGGCGCGCGGCUAUGUGGACCUCGUUUACCAGGCCAACGCGUGUGCGCUCAUGCAUGACGACUCCCUCUAUAGGAUCGAGCUGCUAGCGCAACAGCCAGGCGAGGGCGAGAUGACGGUGCAGCUGAUGGAGGGCGGGCCGGAGAAGGUGGAGGUGCCGGCAGCAGCCAUGGAUUCCGCCUUCCUGCACUACCUCUGGCACUUCCUGCACUCGCCUCCCUCCCACGCACCCGCGCGUGGUCAUGUGUUCCUCGCCAGGAACGUGAGAAAGGCAUCAUCGUCUUCAUCCUCAGCAGCAGCAGCAGCAGCAGCAAAGAGGGGGCGCAGCAAGGAGGACGAGGAGAGGGCAGCGCUGGAGAGUGUGCUUAUAGUGAACGGCCUCGAGUGCAAGCUCUCCUGUGUCACCUCCAAGGUGUCUUAUGUCCCUGGUAGUGACACGGAGGACUACCUGUUCCGCCACAAGAAGCACCGCCGACCCAGGAGUGUCCUAUGUACUAGACACGGAGGACUAUCUGUUCCGCCACAAGAGGCACCGCCGGCCCAGGAGUGCUUCCCAGGCACCAGCGCUGCCGCACAAGGCCCAGGGGACAGCUGGCACGCAGGGAUUGGCCGAGCGCUCGCACCGAGCGGCAAGGCGGUUACGGCGUUACCAGCAGUGGAUUUCGGCAGGCGUGCCCCCGCCCUCCUCAUGAUGGGUUUUUUCCGAUUAAGCACACUUCCUCAACGUUCGCUGCUUACUGUCGCACGGAGCAGCAACGAAGAACCCCUUCCUUCUCGCCUCACUUCGUUCCCUCUCCCCCCCGGUUCUCGCGCCUCCUCUCCCCCGUCGUUCGCGCCAAUGGCGGCGGCGGCGGCGUCCGCGGCGCUGGGCGAUCUGCUGCUGCUGCAGGGGCAGGCGAAGCGCGACCCGGAGGGGUACCGCGAGGAGUUCGAGCGGCAGCACCGGCACUACCGCGCGCUGCUCGCCGUGUUCUCUUUAAAGCCCCACGCGGAGAGCAAGGAAUUCGGCGACCUCGUCAUGUUCCUCGCGCAGCUCGCCCCCUUCUACCGCAGCGCCAUGGGAGGGUUCCCGGGGGAGGUGAUGGGGCUGCUGCAGUCCCACGUGGACGUGCUUCACCCAAUGCUACGCCGCCAGCUGGCACACGCGCUCAUCCUCCUGCGCAACCGCCAGCUAUUGGGUCCCACGGACCUCAUUCCGCACUUCUUCCGCCUCUUCCGCUGCCCCGACAAGGCCCUUCGCAAGCUGGUGUUCUCCCACAUCGUGAACGAUAUCCGGCGGCUCAACCAGAAGCACCGCCACGAGGGGGUCAACAGGCCCAUCCAGAACAUGCUCUUUUCCCUUGUGCAGGAGGAGAAUGAAAUGGCAGCCAAGAAAUCACUAGCAGUGCUCAUCGAGCUCUACCGACGAAAAGUUUGGACCGACGCCCGCACCGUGAAUGUGAUCGCGACGGCUUGCCUGCACCCGUGCACGCGCAUCAUGGUGGGCGCGCUCAAGUUCUUUAUGGGGGCGGACCGGCAGGGCGAGGGGGAGGACGGGAGCAGUGAGGAGGAGGACGAGGAGGAGAAAAAGAACCGCAGCAAGGAGAACUCUGCUCUCGCUCUCGACAGGAAAACGGUCUACACGGCAUACCACAAGGGCACGCCAGCCAGCAAGCGCAAGAAGCAGGCAAAGCUGAAGCGAGUGAUGAAGGGUCUGCGGAAGCAGCAGCGCGCCGUGAUGGGCGGAGGGGGGGAAGGCACGGGGGAGGGCGAAGGGAACAUGCACUUCGCUGCGCUGCACUUGCUGCACGACCCUCAGGGCUUUGCAGAGAAGCUCUUCAGCCGCGUGUCCACGUGCAACGAGAAGUUUGAGGUGAAGCUGCUGAUGCUGAACGUGGUAUCGCGGGUCAUGGGCACACACCGAUUGCUCCUACUCAACUUCUACCCCUUCCUGCAACGCUACCUCAUGCCGCACCAGAGGGAUGUGACGCACCUCCUUGCCAUCGCCGUGCAAGCCUGUCACGAUCUGGUCCCCCCAGACGCAGUAGAGAGCAUGGUGAAGCAGGUCGUGAACCUCUUCGUUCACGACCGAGCAAGGCCAGAGGUCAUAGCAGUGGGGCUGAACGCAGUGAGGGAGGUGUGUGCGCGCAUGCCCCUGGUGAUGGGCGAGGAGCUGCUGCAGGACCUGGCCAUGUACAAGAAAGCCCGCGAGAAGGCCGUUGCAGCUGCUGCUAGAUCGAUCAUUUCCCUGUUCCGAGAGGUGAAUCCGUCGCUGCUGCAGCGGAAAGACCGGGGCAAGCCGGGGAAGGCAGGGGAAGCUGUGCAACCAGUGGCGUUUGGCCACGUGGCAGUGUCUGAUCAUGUGCCUGGGAUUGAACUGCUGGGUAUUCCGGAAGAGGAGGGUGAUGGGGAGGAGGGGAGUGAGGAGGGAAGUGAUGAGGGGAGUGAAGGGGAGAGUGAGGAGGAGGGAGGUGAGGAGAGUGAGGAGGAAGUGGAGGGGAGUGACGAGGAGAUGGAAGAGGGAGAGGAGGGAGAGGAGGGGGAGGAGGUGGAAGGGGAUAGUGAUGAGGAGGGGAGUUCAGGGAGUGAGGAGGUGGAGAGUGAGGGAGAGGAGGAAGAGGAGGAAGAGGGGGAGGAAGAGGAGGAGGAGAUGGAGCAAGUCAGGCCAGGAAUUUCCAGAAAAAGAAAGGCAGAGGGGGAAGCAAGUGGAGAUGGAAAGCGGAAGCGAGAAGGACCGGUGAAAGUGGAGGGUGCGAGUCUGAGGCAGCUGAAACGACUGGCAGCACAAGGGGAAGAGAAAGCCGGAGAGGAAGCAGGUGGAGGGAAAGCAGGGCAGAAGGGGGAACUGGAGGAGGAGGAGGAGAAGGAUGGGUUUCUGUCAACAGAGGAUUUCAGGAAGAUCAGGAGGAUGCAGGCGAAGCAGGCUGCUGAGUCCAUGUUGAGGCGCAAGGGCAUGAAGAAGGCGGCUAAUGCGCUCGCUCACUCCCAUCAAGCACGCUCGCACUCUCUCAGUGACCGCCGCGUGGACGCGUCUGACCUGGAGGUGAGUCGUGCUGAAGAGAAAGAGGAAAGCAGAGGUGAUGAUGCACUCGCCCACAUGCACUCGCCCACAUGCACUCGCCCACCUGCACUCGCCCACAUGCACUCGCCCACGUGCACUCGCCCACAUGCACUCGCCCACGUGCACUCGCCCACAUGCACUCGCCCACGUGCACUCGCCCACGUGCACUCGCCCACAUGCACUCGCCCACAUGCACUCGCCCACGUGCACUCGCCCACGUGCACUCGCCCACGUGCACUCGCCCACGUGCACUCGCAUCAAGCACGCUCGCACUCCCUCAGAGUGCACAUAAAGGCACGGAGGGACAAGGAGGAGCGCAUGGCAGCAGUGCUGGCAGGCAGAGAGGACCGCAGCUUCUUUGCCAAGUCGAAGAUGAAGCAGCAGAAGGUGGGUGGAACGUCCAACAGAGAGAAGGAGAAGCGCAAGGCAGCGCCCAUGGCAGCACAGCGAAUGAAGCUGAAGAGGCGCACGCAGGGCAAGCGGCGCACGCAGGAUUCACACUUGCAAGGCCUAGCCAUGGCGUCCGUCAAGCGCACUGUCGCCGUCGCAUUGGCUUUCGUCCUCGCGCUCGUCGCUGCGUACACCGCUGUUCACAGCGUCGCCCUCCUCGCACCCACGCGCGCGCGCAACUCUCGUCCCCUUUCUUCCCAGGACUCGCUGACUUCCGAGUCGACCCAAAAGAACUCUCCUCGCUCCCUCGCACCCACGCGCCCACGCGACUCUCGUUCUCUCUCCUCCAAGAAUUCGUAUAUAAGGCUGUUCGCAUUCACCGCACCCGUCAGAAACCCACAGUCAAGCGUGAAUGACGCCGCAAUCCCCGCUGUGGUCCCCAGGCCCGCGCCGCCGAAGCUGCAGCAGCAGCCCGCGAUUCACGCUCCCGCCGACAGCGCUCCGCUCGAGCGCGUGUGCGGCUCGCCAGCCGUCGACGGCUACGCGCACGUGAACGCCACGUGUCUAGAAGCGUCGCCCACGAAUCGCAUGUGGUGGUCCAUGCAUCCUCAGGGAGGGAGGAGCGGAGAGGGGUUGGAUUGCCACAUGGAGCGGGAAGUGAGCUUAGAUGGGCUGGCCGUGCGGUGGGGCAUCGGGCACAAGACCACCACUCCAGAGCAAUGCUGCCAGGCCUGCAGGACCUACACCACACCCGGGCGGGCCCUUCCCCCCCUCCUUACAACAGCUGGUUCUUUUGCCUUCUUCUUAUUCCACCACCCCUCGCCUGUUCUCUUCCCACCCCUUCCCCCCAGGGACCACAGACCGGACCCACAAGUUGCAGAUCCCUUUGCGCACCUCCCCUGCAACGUCUGGGUAUUCUGCUGCGCUCCGACCUGCUUUGAACCCGACGCGCACACGCACACCUUCGGUGACUGCUGGCUCAAAUUCUCUGAAGCCCCGCAGAGCCCCGAGGUGAACGCGCGGGGGGAGUACCCUCGGGAACUCCGUGCGAGGCAUGCCGAGGCGCCUGAGCGGUGCCAGUGGGUGGCUGGGGUGCUGCUGCCGCCCGGACAGACUCUCACCAACGGCACGUGGAGCCCGAGGCAUGAGUGGUAG